CUCAGUGACUGCAGUCGAACUGAACACAACAUGUUUUGUGACCAGCAGUUAAGCAGUAUACUCGGUUGGUAAAAUGCAAAACUGCUUAUCACGAGAGUCGACGUAAACAUAACACUUAGCGUUUGUCGUUGUAACUUCUCGGGAUACGGUUGUGAUUUGUGAUUUGAUAGAAUGUUAACACUUAUUACUUAUUAUUACAAAUCGUAUAAUCGGUACAAUUAAAUCUGGAUCCGCGGAAGGGACCUAAGCAGAUUUUUAUUCAAGAACGAAUGUAAUUGCACAGACAUAAUGGCAACUUCUGUGGCUCCUGCUAUUGGCAAUAACAAAGGCAAUUCCUUUGAUUCGGCAGAAAUUGAAAAUGACAGAGAUACAUUGGGCAUUUCCUCUGUGGCUGUAGACAAAAAAGAGAAUUUCAGCGAGCGAUUAGCCUUUUAUAAAAAACCAAUCAAGAAGAACAAUUGUAAACUAGAAUUUGAUGUCAAUGACACGCCACAAGAAAUUCGAAGACAGCGAAUCCUGUAUUACCAGAGAAAGUAAAAACAGAGAUGCUUCCUUUAAUGCAGGCCGAAAGUUCUUGCAAAAUGUUCUCAAUUCAGACAAUGAAGAAGCAAUGGAAGAAGCAGUGGAACUGCCAGAAGAAGCAUUGGAAGAUAUGGAAAUUGACUUAUCUAAAAAGAAGAAAAAAUAUAAAAUUCGUAAGGAUUAUGCACGAAUAUUUAUGUUAUCAGAGUGGAUGUUGGAGGUUCCCCAAGAUUUUGCUGAAAAUUGGUACAUGGUUCCAUGCCCUGUAGGAAAAAGAGUGCUGCUUGUAGCUCAAAAGGGCUUAACUCGCCUGUACACUCGGAAAGGAAUAGAGAUUGCGGUGUUGAAAACUUAUCUUCCUGGUGGAAAUCAUAAGCGAUGCCACAACAGUUUCACAAUAUUAGAUUGCAUUUGGAUACCGAAUAAAGAAGAAUGUUAUGUAUUGGAUGUUCUUGCGUGGUCAAAUCAAGAACUUAUUAAUUGUGAUACAGACUUUAGGUUCUACUGGUUAAGGUCUCAGAUUGAGGAGCAUCCUGAACUGCAAACUAUAAGGAAGGGCGUUAAUGACUGCUCUGUUAUUCAACUACCGUAUUUAACUUGCGACCAGCCGUUCUAUGACUGUCUACAAAGUAUGUGUAAAAGUUUUUCAAUAGAUGGACUAUUGUUUUAUCACAAACAAAUACCUUAUACAAAUGGAAGGACACCGCUUGUAACAUGGCUAAAAGCGUACAUGUUGCCCGAAGUACUGAAUAUGCACAUUCCUGAAGAACUGGAAGAGAAACCAGCUAGUUACGUAGAUUUUGAAACACACGUACUGAAGGUUAUUCGGGAUGAAAAAAUUCGACUCCAAAACAGGCAGAAACGGAAGGAGCAAUUGGAUAAUUCGGUGUCGGAACAGGAGGAUAUGGAAUGAUUAGUUUCUGUUUUUGUAUAGCAUUUUCGUUGACUAAUGUACAGACUGUGUAAGUGAUGCAUAUUUUAAUUUUUGACAGGACUUGAAAGAUAAUAGCGGAUAAUCGACACAACAGUAGAAAUUCGUGCAUUAGCUUAGUAGUAUACAUGAAAUCUUGUGCUCGUAUUUUUUUUAUUUUAAAUUAACCAAGCGAUAGGUUUACGUAUUUAUACUACGCAAAGAAGAUGCGUAGGUACAAUGAUUAAAUAUAUUUAUACAGUUA